CAACCCAAGAAAACCAUCCCAAGCUAGCAUACCCUACAAGCUUAAUUAGCCACAUACCAGCACAAACGAUCAGUAGCAAUGGCGCCCUCCAAGCUCGCCCUCUUCCUCGCCCUGAACCUUGUCCUCCUUGCCGCCGUGCAGGGCUGCGGUCCCUACUGCCCACCGGUCGUCCCCACCCCGCCGAUCCUUCCACCGUCCGUGCCGUCGACCGGCGGGGGCAGCUGCUCGAUCAACACGUUGAAGCUGGGCGUGUGCGCCAACGUGCUGAACCUGCUGAAGCUCAAGAUCGGCGUGCCGGCGAACGAGCAGUGCUGCCCACUCCUGGGCGGGCUCGCCGACCUCGACGCCGCCGUGUGCCUCUGCACCGCCAUCAGGGCCAACAUCCUCGGCAUUAAGCUCAACGUCCCCAUCGACCUGACCCUCCUCCUCAACCAGUGCGGCAAGAAGUGCCCAACCAACUUCACCUGCCCCAUCUGAUGCAUCCAUCCAUUGCAUGGGCUCCCUCGCUCGUGCAUGCAUGCUUGAUAAGCUCGUGAUUGAUCAUCAGGGUCAUUGUAUCCCGUUAUGGUAUCUAAAUGCACGAUUUGCAUAUUUGUAAAAGGAUAUACAUACUUGUACACGCACCUUGGAAUAUAAAAUUUGUUCAAGUUGGGGUUUUC